AUGGCUGCAAAAAGGGGUAAUCUACCAGAACCUGGGCCUUCCGGUAUCAAGAAAUCUUAUUCGUCGGUAGCUAAGGGUAAAUCUGCAAUCAUCAUUCAACCGAAAGAUACCACCCAAGCUGUGCAAACUACCAAAUCAGAUUUACUUCAAUAUGUUGAUCCAGUUUCCGAAAACUUACAUAUAUCUGGAGUGAAGAAUAUAAGGAAUGGUGGCAUGCUGGUAGGCUGUUCGUCUGAUGAUGACAGUCGGAAGUUGAGGCAGAUAGCUGUCGAAAAAUUGGCUGAUAAAUAUGAAAUUAAAGAGGUAUCCAGCUUUCAUCCUAGAGUGCGUAUCGCAGGCAUGACUUGUAAACUGCCUGAAGGUGAUGUUAUCAAGUCCAUUCGUGCACAGAAUAAGGAAGCGUUUACUGAACAUUCUCAAUGUAAGGUGGUUGAAAUCAAGCCCAUCAAAAAACGGAGUGACAUUUAUCAAGCUGUUAUUAAUCUUGAUAUGGAUACAUACAAUAAGGAUUUGUCUGUGUGUAGCAGUAAGUUAUUCGUGGGGUAUGAUGUGUGUGACGUAUUUGAUGCUAUUGAUAUUAAAAGAUGUUUUAAUUGUAGCGGAUUCUCGCAUUAUUCAAAAGAGUGUAAAAGUAAGAAGUUUCAUUGUCCGCGGUGUAGUGAAAAUCAUUUAGUCAAAAAUUGUAAAGCAACUUCGCUGAAAUGUAUAAACUGUAUGAAAAGUAAUAAUGAAAGGAAUACUGAAUUUGAUGCUGCACAUGCUGCUUGGGAUUCUAGGUGUCCUUACUAUUUACAGCGAAUUGAAGAGUUUAAAUCCAGGUUGAUUUUUUCCUGA